AUGGGGGAUGAAGAAGACUUUUCAAAUCUUUCAAUAGAAGACAGUUGUCAACAUAAAUCGUGGAAGGCUCGAUUGAGUGGUUAUGAAAAAGCUGCAGAUCAAUUCAGGUUGAUUGAUGAUGAAAAAAGUUCCGAAUACCUGAAGUAUUUGGGCUUACUAAAAAAAUUUGUCGUUGACAGCAAUGCUGUUGCUCAAGAAAAAGGACUUGUUGCUGUCUUAGCAUUUCUUCAGAAUGCUGCCUGUGCACCAAAAACCGUCAAUGAUGUAAUGAGUGGAAUUGUUAGUAAAUGCUUUUCCUCUCCUCGUGCAAAAACAAAAGAAUUGGCUAUGGAAAUAGUAUUGAUGUACGUUGAAAUUGAGAAGCAAGACGUUGUUGUUGAAGAGCUUAUCAAAGGUUUGGAAAACAAGUCCCCGAAAGUUGUAGCGGCUUGCAUUGUUGCCUUGAGACAAGCGUUGCAUUCCUUUGGUUCUCAAGUAAUAACGAUCAAGCCACUUGUGAAAGUGUCCAUUAAGUUGCUGGAGGACAGAGAUAAGAGUGUCAGGGAAGAAUCAAAGCAAUUGUGCGUGGAAUUUUAUCGCUGGAUUGGAGAAGCCAUCAAGCAGCAAUGGCAAUCCUUGAAACCGGUCACAGUAUCCGAACUCGAAGGAGAGAUUCAAAAAAUUGCCGGCGAAAGAGUCGCCCCUACGCGUUAUUUGAAGUCUCAACAAGAAAAAAUUGCAAAAGCCAAGGAAAAUAAUGAGGCGGAAGAAAGUGCAGAAGAGGAAAGUUACCAACCUCCUCAGGUUGACCCUUUCGACCUGAUGACCGAAUUGGACGUACUAUCUAAGUUGCCAAAAAAUUUCUACGAGCAGUGCGAAGCCAAAAAAUGGCAAGAACGGAAGGAAGCCUUAGAAGCAUUACUUCAGCUUACCACUAAUGUGAAGCUAGAAUCUGGAGAUUAUGGAGAUCUUGUCAGAGCAUUGAAGAAAUUGAUAACAAAAGAUUCUAACAUUUUGGUUGUGGCGUUGGCGACAAAAUGUUUGACAAACCUAGUCACCGGUCUGCGUAAGAAGUUCCAACCUUAUACUUCGGCCUGUGUUCCAGCAAUACUAGAGAAAUUCAAAGAAAAAAAGCAAAAUGUUGUUACUGCUCUAAGGGAGUGUAUUGAUGCUCUGUAUAGCAUAAGUACGUUAGAAGCCAUGCUUGAAGACAUACAAACAUCCUUGGAUAGCAAAAAUCCUCAAGUGAAAGCCGAAACUUGUGCUUUUCUGGCUCGUGCGUUUUGUACUUGCACUCCAGCUCAACUUAACAAAAAAGUGCUGAAAGCUCUUAUAACAUGUUUGUUGAACACACUCAAUGAAUCAGAUGUAACUGUAAGAGAAAAUUCAGCUGAAGCUUUGGGUACAGCACUCAAAGUAGUUGGGGAGCAAGGUAUGGCAGUUUAUCUGCAAAAAGUGGAUGCAAUCAAAAUGGCAAAGAUAAAUGAUUUCCGUGAUAAGGCAGUGGUGACUGCCAAACCACAAGCUACAGUAAAAAAGCCUGCCUCUGCCCCUGCAAAAAUAGCCUCUAGUAAAAUUGAAGCGCCAGUCACUCAAGCUCCAGCUGUCAAGAAAGCUGCACCACCAUCAAGUGUACCAAAACCGAAAACAGCCCCAGCUCAAGCACGUGCUAAAAAACCUGUGGGUAAAAAGGCUGCUGUUGAAAGCACUGAACCAGAGUUCAAAGAGCAAGAACUAACAGAUGAAGAUGUGUUGUCGCAAGCAUCAGAAAUAUUUUCUGAUGAAGUGGUCGGCGGCCUCGGCAGUUCUGAUUGGAAGUCUCGAUUAAGUUCAGUUGAGAAAUUCUAUGAGAUAGUUCAGGGAGGUGACAAAAAUAAAAUGUCAUCUCAAGUUUUAAUUAAAUUGCUGGCCAAAAAACCUGGUUUCAAGGAGAAUAAUGCUCAGUGCUUGAAACUUCGGUUUGAAGUUUUGACCUAUGUAGGAGAUAAUUUUCCGGUCUCAACAGUUGGGGUUGAAAGUUGCUUAUCAGAUGUUGUAGACAAAAUAGGUGAUGCAAAAAAUGGCACUUAUGCUGGGCAAGCUUUGACUGCUUUGUCUGGUGCUACAACUCUGGAAUAUAUCAGUUUAGAAGUUUUAAAUUUGGCAUUUAACCAAAGAAAUCCAAAAAAUCAAUCUGAAGCACUAAUAUGGGUAUCAACAGCAAUAAAAUUAUUUGGUUUGAAAAUUCAGUUGAAAGAAACUAUCGAGUGUCUCAAGAAAGCCUUUUCUUCCACGAAUCCCACUGUUAGAACUGCUGCUUUGUCCCUGCUUGGAACUAUUUACAUGUAUGUGGGAAAAAGCCUGCGAACAUUUUUCGAAGCCGAGAAACCUGCCCUGUUGCAGCAAAUUGAUGCUGAGUUUGAAAAAAUGAAGGAUGUCAAACCACCCGCACCUGAGAAAGGGAAACAGGCCAAGUCCGACAGUUCCGGGGAGGGUGCCGAAGAUUCUAACCCUAGCCCUCAAGUGAAUUUGUCAGACAUGAUGCCUCGUGUCGAUAUAAGUGGCCAGCUGACUUCACAGCUGCUUUCCGAACUUUCAGAUAAAAACUGGCAGUUGAGAAAUGAAGCAUUACAAAAACUUUUCAACAUCAUCAAUGAUGCUAAAUUUAUCACGCCAAAUUUGGGGGACUUGCCAAAUGCUUUGAAACCUAGAUUAGCGGAUACGAAUAAAAACCUUGCCGCUCGAGCACUGGGUAUAUGCCAAAUGUUAGGAACAUCUCUGGGUGCCAACUGCACGAAACAACUUCGAAACUUUGCUCCUGGGAUUCUCAUUUGUUUGGGAGACAGUAAAGCAAAUGUAAGACUUGCUGCUCUUCAGUGUUUGAAUGCUUGGAUGGAUCAGUGUCCAUUGGUCAAUUUAUUCGAAGGAGAAAUGAUCUACGAGGUGCUCCGUGCUGAUAAUCCGUUUUCGAGAAUAGAAGUUUUUUCUUGGCUUUCUGAAAAAAUGCCCACAGUGACAUCACUGCCUGCAGCCGAGCUGAAUCUUUGUGUUCCGAUUCUGUUGUCUUGCUUGGAAGAUCGCAAUGCAGAUGUCAGAAAGAAGGCUUCAGAAUGUCUUUUACCUUUCAUGCUGCAUGUGGGCUACGAAUCCAUGGCCCGAUCAGCUUCAAAACUGAAGCCUGCUUCUAAAAACACAGUGGUCGCUCAGCUGGAAAAGGUUCGGCAGAGCCUACCAGAAAAGCCAUCCAACAAGCCGAAGCAAACUAAAAGUUCUAUACCUGCUCCAAGCGAGAGACUGUCUCCUCCUCAAACUGUAAAUGAAGACUCCAAGAGUAAGUUGAAUCGCAGUACAUCUAAAUCUAAGCUGGCUUCUAAAACUCCAUCUGCAGCAGCUAAAGGGAAAAAGGAGGAAGAAGUGGACCUGUCACCUGCUCUUGUUGCAAAUAAUAUUAAAGAACAAAGAAUGCAAGAUGAGAAAUCUUUGAAAGUGUUAAAAUGGAACUUUACUAAUCCAAGAGAAGAGUUUUAUACCCAGUUAAAAGAUCAGAUGACAGCUGCUAACUGGAGCAAAACCCUCAUCACUCACUGUUUUCACAAUGACUUCAAGUUUCAUAUCAAGGCUAUUGAUUUGCUAAUCGAAUCGUUGGAUUCGAACGUCGAGGCUUCGGCCGCAAACUUGGAUUUGAUAUUAAAAUGGCUUGCACUGAGAUUUUUCGAUACAAAUCCCAGCGUAUUGGUGAAAAGUUUGGAGUAUUUGCAAAUUUUAUUUAAAGCACUGAUCAGUAUUAAUUAUCGUCUGUUAGAGCUUGAGGCAGCUUCAUUUGUUCCAUAUUUAAUUUUGAAAAUUGGAGAUCCAAAGGAUCCGGUGAGAAAGGCCGUGAGAGAAAUCAUAAAGUAUAUUAAUAGAAUUUAUCCUUGUAGUAAGAUGUUUGCUUACAUAAUGCAGGGACUGAGUUCAAAGAAUGCUAGGCAACGUGCCGAAUGUCUCGAGGAGCUCGGGUUGAUGAUAGAAAUAUAUGGACUGGGAGUCUGUCAACCUUCUCCUGCUGCAGCGCUGAAGGACAUCGCAAAGCAGAUAUCGGACCGAGACAACAGUGUCAGGAAUGCGGCCCUGAACUGCGUCGUGCAGGCUUAUUUCAUUGAAAAUGAAAAAGUUUAUAAGUAUGUAGGUAACCUUUCCGACAAAGAUAUGAGUUUACUGGAAGAAAGAAUCAAGCGAAGCAGCAAGACAAGAAACACAAAAAGAGUGGAAAAUCAGUCCACGCCACCGACGAAGUUAAGUCCACCAACACAUUCUCAUGUUGUUGAGGAUGAGCCAAAAUUAUCCCAUGCAGCACUUCCACAACAUCAACCCUCCGGUCCGCUGAAACUCGAUACGGAGGACAUCGAGCAGAUGUUCCGGCAGAAGCAGACUGAAUUCCAGGUACCUGGUCUCGUGCAGGUGAAUGCUGAUGAUAUAUUGAAUUUGCCUGAUAUUCAGCUGCCCAGAACUAGGCUGAGACCACCCGCUUCUUCAUUGAAAUUGCUGAACAAUUCUGCCGAAGCCAACACUGCCGUAAAUCUUGUGAUGGCGCAGCUUGCUGCUCAAGAAAUUCCAAUUGUUAUUGAAGCAUUUGCUCAAGUAGAAGAAGUGCUUCAGCAGAGUGAGCAGGCUGUCAGUGUCUUGGGGCCGAGAGUGGAUCAACUGCUAGUUUUGGGUGCCAUGCAAUAUAGAUAUGCUCAUAACAGGCAUAUGGCGGACGAAAAUAUCUGCAAAGCUGAUGUCAUUCGUCUGUACCGAUGCGUCACGGGAGCUCUGGUGACUUUGUUCGAGAAUCCCUUGCUUGCAAAGAAAGCUAGCAGGGAUGUCCUGAGGGAUCUCAUUCCACAUUUAAUCACCGUGAUGCUUGAUAGCAGAUUGGAUGACUUACAAGAAGGAGCUCAAGUAGUUAAAGUGAUAAAUGUUCUUAUCAUGAGAGUACUGCAAAAAUCAAAUCCGACUCAUGUUUUGAGUGCCCUCAUCAAGUUGCUGCAAGACUGCGUGGGAAGUGUGAAUGUUACGGAUCGAUUCACCGACCUCGUCAUGAAAUGCUUGUGGAAAAUGAUUCGCAUGAUUUGGCAACUCGUGAAUGGUUUGAACAUUGACAGGAUUUUACUCGAUAUUCACGUGUUUUUGAAAGCAUUUCCAUCAUCCUCAUGGAAGGAGAGAAAAGACGAUACUCCGAUACGAACUGUAAAGACCAUCUUGUAUAAACUAGUCGAGAUAAAAGAUGAAGAUAUUAUGAAGCACCUGUCAUUGAUAUCCGACAGACAAGAGUCUGAUAUGGUUAAUUACUUGCACAAAUUGCUGGCAAAGAAAAAGGAUGAUAAUCGAAAAUCCUCAAAUAAAAACGCUGUGCUCGAUGACAAUGCUGCUAAUAAUAGGCAUAAGCAUAAUAGGUCCUCACCUUUAAAACUUUCCAAGUCUACACAUGAAGCUCUAACAGAAAUAUUCAAAAAGAUAGGUUGCAAAGAGCUUACUAAUGAAGGACUUGCAGAACUCUAUGAUUUCACCCAGAAGCACCCCGAAGCCGACAUUGAACCUUAUUUGCAAACAUCGUCGGAAUUUUUCCAAAACUACAUUCGCCAGGGCAUCAAGAAGCUAGAAAAAGAACGAAGCAGGAUGAACCUCAGCCAGGAUGCAGCGCUCGGAAAUACGCGUAAAUCCGAUGAUGCCACAAAAUGGAACUCUAACCUCACUGGAAACGACGCCUUCAUGAAAGACAGGAUGGCGACCCAAUCGUGGGAGGAAAGGUUCCCACCGUUGCCCCCUCCCACAAUCGAUACCACUCCAAUGGAUUUGGUCGAAUGGCUAAAGAGCGUCUCUGCUCGCUUGGGAAUGGACAGCAGCAAGUACGAUGACCCCGCCUUCCUGCAGAAAUUCACCGGCUGCGACAGGGAGGAUUUACCCACUGAUGACGAAAUUGCUCAGUUGACUGCAGAUAACGAGAGAUUUCAGAAGAUAAUUGCAGAACUCAAAAACGCUGUAUAGGUUAUGCUUUUGUUUUUACCUAGAUUCAUAUACUCUUGGAAAAUAUAAACUGGGAAGCAGGUUUCUGUAAUUCAGUAUUUACGUUAUCUGAUUCUGCCCUCUGGCCAAAAAGUUCCAGCAUAGUAAAACUUUAAAAGCUUUAUAGUAGCUACCAAAUUAUGCUUUAUUUUUGGUUACGCUUCAAAAUUAGGAAUUGUUUCUAGUUUUCAGAAUUGUGUAUCUUUGCUAUCAAAAAUUUUAACAGUGCACAGAAUACUAACAUUUGUUAAUAAGUAUCCUUCCAAAAAAACUCAACAAAAUAAAACUGGCAUACGCAAAUCUUUAAAUAAGAAAAGUGAUAGUUUUUGCAAAAAUUGUUCCUAUUUAUUUUUUUUGAGAUGCGAUACUUUUUGGUCAGAUGACAUUUGUACUUCCUGCUGUGAUGAUUGUUUAACAAUGAGCUUUAAUUUAAAUUGCAUAUAAUUCAUCUAUAUUGUCCCUGAUUUUCGGUUACGUGUGUGAAAUUAAUAUAAUAUGUCUUCCUUUAGACAUAAACUUUAUGUGUACAUUAAAUAUACUGCUUUUUGUCUGGGUAUCAAAUUUCAUCUUUAGAAAUCUGCUUUCUUUUAUACAUUUACUUGUUUGUGCAUUUUAAGGCCUUCAAUUGCUUUUAACUUCUAUAUAUUUAGUAUUUAAACUGAUAUUACUAGAUAACUAAUGUUAUUGAUGUUUUGCAUAUUUAUUGUUGUUAUCUGUUAUUUCUGCAAUCAUUUAGAAGAUUUUAUAUAAAGUAAUUAAACUUAAGUAAAUAAAAGAAUGGUUUAAAAUAAACCCCUAGUUUUUAUAUGAAAGACAUUAGCACAUUAAAGAGAUAUUUUAAACUGAGCUAGUAAAUAAUUUCAAAUAUCAUCCUUGAUAAAAUAGGUAGAAAGCUUUUUAUAUAUGUAUAUAUAAAAUGUUAAUCUAUGUGCAUAUAGAAUUUUCCUUCUCAGUCAAUUCAUGUAAAUGUAUCAAAUAUUUUAGUACUAGCUGCUUUCUUUCCUUAUUAAACAAAAUUAGAUCAUAACUAAAAAUUGUCGAAAUUUUGAUGCUUGAAUCAUGUGGAUAUUUUAAUAUUCAAAAUUGUUAGUUUUUGGAAAAUGGUUUUGAGAUUUAAUGUAUCAACUGUAAAGUUAUUCGAAAAUCCUUUUAUCUACAAAAAUAAAUUGAAUUAACAAAAUUCUAAGGGGUUCUGAUAUGAUUGUACAUUUUGAAGCUUACAGAGGAAACUUGCAUUGAAUAAAUUACCGGAGUACUAGAAGGUUCUUUGCUAAUCAAAAUGUUAAUAGUUUUACGUCAGCGUAUUUUUUUGCUCUUAGUAAUAGGGGGGGAAAUGAAGCUUUUUUGCAAAAAUACAGUGGAAUGAAUUCGGAAUUUCCUAUUUUGUCUGCUUUUAUGUUUUAUUACUGUAUGUGAUAUGUUUAAAUGUAUGAGGUAUUUUCUUUUUCAUAAAUAUGUAUAUACUUCAGGAAUAAAGUUAAUA